AUGGGGGCGGAUACCCCCUCCGUUCAAGGCACGCAUAUGCAGUUUAGGGCCACGGACGCUAAGCCUAAUUUUCUUCUUGGUACAGCAGCAGGAACAACCGGCACCCUUGGAGCCGUUGCCGAAGGAGCUAUAGUUGGGGCUGGGGUUGUUGCUGGAGGCACUGCCGCCGUGGCCGAAGCCGCAGUGACGACUGGAAUCACGUCUGCUAUAGCAACGGGAGCAAUAGCCAAAAGUGCAUCGGCUGCCGGUAUUGCCGCUGCGACCAUCGCCGGCCCCGUGGGAAUAGCGGUCGUGGGUAGUGAUGGCUACACCUGGGACUGCUGGAAGCCUGUCGUCAGGGAUACUUCCGUAUCUCCAUCCCGCGGCAUGAUUCUACGACGUCUGGCAUCUCACCCAAACAUUCGAUCUAUUACCCUCGAGUGUGACGGAUUCGUUGUAGGAACCACUUUCGGAGACAACUUUCGCCUUUCGCCUGUCAACGUCGACGGCCAGCUAGCUUUCCAUGCAACUCAGAUCUGA